AUGGGUUCGAAAUAUAUUGUAACCUUCCUAGACUCAGCUGCGACUGAGGAUAUCAAUGCCUGCAUGGACCAGGUCCACAAAGACGGGGGAGUUGUCAUAGACAUAUUCCCAGACAUGAUCGCUAGGGGCUUUUCAGCAUAUAUAACCGACUCGGUCCUUCAUAGACUUGAGUUAGACUCUAUUAUUGAUCAUAUAGCGCCCGAUGCUUCUUAA